AUGUCUCCUGCAACCAUGGAAAUUUCCUCCAAACAGCCUGUUAGGUUCCUCCUUGUGGGUGUCGGCCCCCAUGCGAAAAGAACGUUCAUAAAGCAUCUUAGAGAUCUGAAAGCAGAGCAUAGAGGGGAGAUAGUCGCCGCCGUUGACAUUUCUGCCCAACAGACACAAAUCGAAGAGUAUGCAGUAGAGAAUAUGCCGGGCAUUGAGCUCGUCUUCGUUCCAUUCUUCAGGGAAACCAUGCCCGAGGAUGUUCAAGAUCAACUCACUCAGGUGGUCGAACGGCUCCAGGUUGAUUGUGUCAUUAUUUCAACCGAGCCCGAGUGCCACAAGCCGUAUGGUCUCUGGGCUAUCGGUCUUGGCCUCCAUGUCAUUAUGGAUAAGCCGAUCACGACCCGGAGGAACGCCUGUAACAGUAUUAAACAGGCCGCUGGCAUUGCUGACGACUACAACGAGCUCCUAGAUGCUUACGAUGAGUUGCAGACUCGCAAAGACACUUUUUUCCUUAUCAAUAGCCACCGCCGAUAUCACCCUGGCUAUUACGGAACCGCGGACUUUAUCAGUGACAUUCGGAAGAAAACAGGCUGCCCUGUCACGAGCCUUAUUUCUACACACUGUGACGGUCAAUGGCGGCUACCGAGCGAGGUCGUUGAACAACAUUAUCACCCAUUCAAAUAUGGCUACGGCAAAGUUUCUCAUAGUGGAUACCAUUUCCUCGAUACAGCCUACAGAUUUUUCAAGGCAGGCUGGAACCCAGAGAAGCGGCCGGAUGAGAUUGAGAUAGUAUCCACCUUUGUCCGACCAAACGAUUUCAUGGGAGCGUUUACCAAUGAAGAGCACAGCCGAAUACUCGGCAACCAAGGCUACGAUGAAUCCUGCAAGUACAGCGCAGAUGAGCUCCGCUGGCUCAUGGAAGACAUGGGUGAAAUGGACGCAAUGAUUCAGCUCACGUUCAAGCAGCGUGGACAGACUAUGGCCGUUGCCCAGCUGAACCUCUUUCACACUGGCUUCGCUCGCCGCUCCUGGGUUGAUCAGGGCGCCACCCCUGACUUGUACAAGGGCUGUGGCCGGGUCAAGCACGAAGCACACGAGGUCCGGAGUGGCCCUUUUCAGACAAUUGUCAUCGAUUCCCGACAAGCAAACGACAAGCACGACCGCAGCAAGCCUAGCACAGCAGAACUCGGCAGUGACAAUCACUUCGAAAUCCAGACCUGGCGUAACUGCAAUGUAUUAGGGGAGAAGGAACCCCUGAAGGUAUACACAGUCAGCGAUCUCGACCGACGCUAUAACUCGAAACUUCCCGGCAUCUACGCGGAGAACACCAAGCGUGGAAUUCUUUGGGAAGCCCUUGAUUUCCUCGAUGGUACCAAGGGUUUCGACGACCUAGCCUCGAACCUGCCAGACCACAGCAUCCCUGCCUCGUUGAUGAGUGCAGCCUACAUAUCCCAUGUUCGCCGCACUGCUGGCCAAAAUCCAAUCACCCACAUCGAUAUUGCAUAUUCGAAUCAAUCCGAAAAUGGCGUCGCUAGAGCUACUGUACGCGCGGGAGAUCUAAUCCAGCAGUCCAGCUCUCCUUCAGAGCGGUCUAUGCCGAUAACGCCCGCCGUUUCCAGCAACAACAUUGAGACUAUCCAGAUCCCAAGUGGUCUUGGGGAGUUUAAUAAAGCGUUCGACGGAUCUGGCGUAGUGGAUUACACUGUUCCAAUCAUCAACGCCGAGGACGACAUUCAGCUGCAAGCCAUACAUUAA